AUGGGGCAGCGGGACAAGGAGGACGCCAAUGGUGAGGCUGGGGGGAAACCAGUCAAAUAUGACCCCUCCUUCCGAGGCCCCAUCAAGAACAGGGGCUGCACAGAUGUCAUCUGCUGUGUCCUCUUCCUGAUCUUCAUUUUGGGUUACAUCGUGGUGGGGAUCGUGGCCUGGGUGUAUGGAGACCCCCGGCAAGUCCUCUACCCCAGGAACUCAACCGGGGCCUACUGCGGGCUGGGGGAGAACAAAGACAAACCAUAUCUACUGUACUUCAACAUCUUCAGCUGCAUCCAGAAUACCAACCUCAUGACAGCUGUCACAAAUGACCUGCAGUGCCCCACUCCCCAGGUGUGUGUGUCCUCCUGCCCAGAGUCCUCAUGGACCAUGCAAGUGAUACAGGUCCCCCAGACAGUCGAGGAGGUCUUCUAUGCUUUAAAUAGAAAUUUUUGUCUGCCGGGGGUGCCCGGGAAUAUGUCGGUGCUCGAAAGCCUGCAGCAAGAGCUCUGCCCCAGUUUCCUUCUCCCCUCCAGUCCAGCUCUGGGACGCUGUUUUCCAUGGUCCAACAACACCCCGCCUGACCUCCCCGGGAUCACCAGCAACAUCUCCCAGGCGAUCAGUGGUCUUCUUGACACCCUCAAUGCCCGAGACAUCAGCGUUAAGAUCUUUGAAGAUUUUGCCCAAUCCUGGUAUUGGAUUCUUGGUGCCCUCGCUGUGGCUCUGGUCCUGAGCCUGCUGUUUAUCCUGCUUCUGCGCCUGGUGGCCGGGCCCCUGGUGCUGGUGCUAAUCCUGGGGGUGCUGGGAGUGCUGGCAUAUGGCAUCUACCACUGCUGGGAGGAGUACCGAGUGCUGCGGGACAAGGGAGCCUCCAUCACUCAGCUGUACUUCACCAACCUCAGCGCCUACAGCAGAGUGCAGGAAACCUGGCUAGCUGCCCUGAUUGUGCUGGCUGUGCUUGAAGGCAUCCUGCUGCUGAUGCUCAUCUUUCUGCGGCAACGGAUUCGAAUCGCCAUUGCUCUCCUGAAGGAGGCUAGCAAGGCUGUAGGACAGAUGCUGUCUACCAUGUUCUACCCGCUGGUCACCUUUAUCCUCCUGCUCAUCUGCAUUGCCUACUGGGCCAUGACUGCUCUGUACCUGGCCACAUCGGGGCAACCCCAGUAUGUCUUGUGGGCACCCAAUGCAAGCUUGCCUGGCUGUGAGGAAGUGUCAUUGAACAAGUCGUGCGAUCCCAUGGCCCGGCAGGUGAACUCCUCAUGUCCAGGGCUGAUGUGCAUCUUCCAGGGCUACUCGUCCACAGGCCUGGCACAGCGUACCCUCUUCAACCUGCAAAUCUAUGGAGUCCUGGGACUCUUCUGGACUCUCAACUGGGUACUUGCCCUGGGCCAGUGUGUCCUGGCUGGGGCCUUUGCCUCCUUCUACUGGGCCUUCAACAAGCCUCGGGACAUCCCCACCUUCCCCUUGGGUGCUGCCUUCAUCCGUACACUUCAUUACCACACUGGGUCUCUGGCCUUUGGAGCCCUCAUCCUGACCCUCGUGCAGAUGGCCCGGGUUGUUCUGGAAUACAUUGACCACAAGCUGAGAGGAGUCCAGAACCCUGUCGCCCGCUGCAUCAUGUGUUGCUUCAAGUGCUGCCUCUGGUGUCUGGAGAAGUUUAUCAAGUUCCUGAACCGCAACGCAUACAUCAUGAUCGCCGUCUAUGGGAAGAAUUUCUGCAUCUCAGCCAAAAACGCCUUCAUGCUGCUCAUGCGGAACAUCCUCAGGGUGAUCGUCCUGGAUAAAGUCACGGACCUGUUGCUGUUCUUUGGGAAGCUGCUGGUGGUUGGAGGCGUCGGGGUCCUGUCCUUCUUCUUUUUCUCUGGCCGCAUCCAGGGGCUGGGUAAGGACUUUGAGAACCCCCACCUCAACUAUUACUGGCUGCCCAUCAUGACCUCCAUCCUGGGGGCCUACUUCAUCGCCAGUGGUUUCUUCAGUGUUUUUAGCAUGUGUGUGGACACGCUCUUCCUCUGUUUCUUGGAAGACCUGGAGCGGAACGAUGGCUCUCUGGACCGACCCUACUACAUGUCCAAGGGCCUUCUGCAGAUUCUGGGCAAGAAGAACGAGGCGCCCCCGGCGGACAAGAAGAGGAAGAAGUAA